GUCAGCUCUUGUUGGUUAAUUGAAGUGAAAAAUGAUAAAUCUAGUAGCAAGACGUAACUUGAAAAAUAUUUCAAAAUCUUUAUCCGUUAGAACAUACGCUACUAGACCAAGCUCUGCAACCACCGGAGACGAAGUUGACCCUCAAUUAGGUGGAUACCCACAAUUUGUACCACAAAAGGCGAUAGAGAGGAGUCCAUUUAAUAAAUAUUGGGAUCAACAAGGUAGAGCUAACUUUGGUGAUACUUUACACGAGGAUGAAGAUGUACUCGGUAUUCACGCACCAGAUGUACACCAAUAUUCAUACGCAGAAUCCGCAAAGAGCAUUUUAUACACCGCUUUAGCAUUCGCUGCAUUUGGAUAUGUAGCUAGCGGAUUAGUACCAGAGCGUAAUGUAGCACCAAGAGAUUAUCCAAGAGAUGGUCUUAAGGAGGAAUUGAGUGGUCUUGAGGAGAACAAGGCUAAUGAAUACACAGAGGCUGAGUGAUUGUACAAAGUUUAAAUAUACAUAUUUCAUUAUAAU